GCCGCGCGCGCCAUGGGGAGCAGAGGGACGCCGGGCGCCGAGGUUUGCCGCGGCAGAAUCACAGUGCCUGGGUGUGACAUCGUCAUGAAUGAGAGAAGAAAGUAAUACAGUAUUGGAUGUGCCUGUUUGCUGCCACUGUUUAGAGAGAAAAUGAUGCAUUAUGGGGAAUCACUCAAAAGGAGUGAAUGAGAUGAGCUAUCUGGGUUAUAGUAUCUGAAGGGCUAAGUUAUUCUCUUGGAGAGCCAUUCUAAAUGAGCCUGACCGAGACACUGGAUCUGUGUGAAGAAGACUAAGGAUAUAAUAGGAUGUCAACUGAGACAGAACUUCCAGUGGCUGUUAAAACCAGCGCAAAGAAAGACUCCAAAAAGAAAGGUCAGGAUCGCAGUGAAGCCACUUUAAUAAAGAGGUUUAAAGGUGAUGGUGUCCGAUACAAAGCAAAACUGAUUGGGAUAGAUGAGGUUUCUGCAGCGCGAGGAGACAAGUUAUGCCAAGAUUCCAUGAUGAAACUCAAGGGAAUUGUUGCUGCGACUCGUUCGAAAGGAGAACAUAAACAGAAAAUAUUUUUAACUGUCUCCUUUGGAGGAAUCAAAAUCUUUGAUGAAAAGACAGGACUACUACAGCACCAUCAUGCAGUUCAUGAAAUUUCGUACAUUGCAAAGGAUAUCACAGACCACCGAGCCUUUGGAUAUGUGUGUGGAAAGGAAGGAAAUCAUAGAUUUGUGGCAAUAAAAACAGCCCAGGCAGCUGAGCCUGUAAUUCUGGACUUGCGAGACCUGUUUCAGCUCAUUUAUGAAUUGAAACAAAGGGAAGAAAUGGAAAAAAAGGCACAAAAGGACAAGCAGUGUGAACAAGCAGUGUACCAGACAAUUUUGGAAGAAGAUGUAGAAGAUCCUGUGUACCAGUACAUUGUGUUUGAGGCUGGACAUGAGCCAAUCCGUGAGCCUGAAACAGAAGAAAACAUAUAUCAGGUUCCGACGAGCCAAAAGAAGGAAGGUGUUUAUGAUGUGCCAAAAAGUCAACCUGUAAGUCUGCAGAAUGGAAACUUAUUGCUGGACAUUGAUGAAAAUCUUGUUACAGUCACUCAGGCUGUUACCCAACUAGAGCUUUUUGGGGACAUGUCCACUCCUCCUGAUGUAACCUCUCCCCCAACUCCUGCAACUCCAGGUGAUGCCUUUAUCCCAUCUUCAUGCCAGUCACUUCCUGCUAUUACAGACACAUUUGGUUCUGUACCUUUUAGCACUGCUGCUGUACCCUCAGGUUAUGUUGCAAUGGGAGCUGUCCUGCCCUCCUUCUGGGGACAGCAACCACUCGUUCAACAACAAUUGGCCAUGAGUACUCAGCCUCCAGUUGCUCAGGUGAUGCAGGGAGGACAGCCAAUAGCAUGGGGCCAACCUGGUAUUUUUUCUCCUACCCAGCAACCAUGGCCAUCUGUAGCUGGUCAGUUCCAACCAACUGCCUUCAUGCCAACACAAACUGUUAUGCCUUUACAAGCAGCCAUGUUUCAAGGUACCAUUGCUCCCAUAGCUACUGUUCCACCCACAAGCGAUUCCACCAGAUCAAGUCCACAGACAGACAGGCCCAGACAGAAAAUGGGAAAAGAUAUGUUCAAAGAUUUCCAGAUGGCUCAGCCUCCGCCAGUGCCAUCACGAAAACCAGACCAGCCUUCCCUCAGUUGUACCUCAGAGGCCUUCUCCAGCUAUUUUAACAAAGUCGGGAUGGCACAGGAUGCAGAUGAUUGUGAUGACUUUGACAUCUCUCAAUUAAAUUUGACUCCUGUGACUUCUACAACGCCAUCUACAAACUCACCUCCAACCCCUGCUCCCAGACAGAGUUCUCCAUCAAAAUCAUCAGUCUCUCAUACCAGUGACCCUACUGCAGAUGACCUCUUUGAAGAGGGGUUUGAAAGCCCAAGCAAAAGUGAAGAGCAGGAGGCUCCUGAUGGAUCUCAGGCCUCUUCCAACAGUGAUCCAUUUGGUGAGCCUACUGGUGAUACUAUAAGUCCACAGGUCGGUAGCUAGAUAGCGCAGGUUGGGGAAACAGAACCUCUCUACGCCCAGAUCAACAGACCUAAGAAAUAGCAUUAUUACAGGCUUGUGGUGCUUCAAGACUCCAGUGAAAAUCUACAACCUGACAGGCCUUUUGGCUCUUAUGCUUGUUUUUGAUUGAUCACGUCUGACAAAGGAUAGAGGAUUGCCCUACCAAACGUACCUGACAGUUUUUGGCAAUGAAUGGCAAAUUUCUAUGGCAGCACAAACAUAAAAACGAGCCCUGCUUACCAUGCCAAGCAUCUGAGU